AGUGACAUACCCCUGCUUGUCAUUCUUGAUCUAUAAAAUAUAGUUUAUAAAUAAAUAGGUGGAAGCCUCAACUCUCAAGCCAUAAUAAAUAUGAAAAGAGGUGUUAGUUAAUUCAGUUAAGAAUACUCUAACGUUCAUAAAUAACAGUAUAUAGCAUUUAACAUGGAUCUGCAAUCGUCUCACCUAGCAGCUGCCCUAAUGUCCGGUUCGACUUAUAACAAUACUUCUAUUGAAACUGAGGCUGCAACGAGUAAUCCCAUUGACGACAAUAAAACCGAAAAAUCUAGUGAACCCCCUAAAGAAACCGCUGAGGAUGACAAAGAAGAUGUGGCCAGUGGAGAAGAAUUCACUGAUGAGGAUUCUGAGGCGCAUACUGGAAACAAAUCUAUGCCAGGAAGAGGAGUCACUUUGCAGAUGCUUUUGGAAGACAAAAUGCUAGAACCUGGCAUAGCUGCAAUGACUAUUGAAUAUCUAGGUCAAAAAUUUGUGGGAGACUUACAGCCAGAUGGUAAAAUAAAAUCUCAUGAGACAGAAACAAUAUUCUGCUCGCCCUCAGCAUGGGCGAUACAUUGUAAACGCAUAAUAAACCCAGAUAAACGAUCAGGCUGUGGAUGGGCAUCCGUCAAGUAUCGGGGAAAAAAACUUGACACAAUAAAAGCUACUUAUCUUCGCAAAAAACAACUUCAGAGAGAAAACAUGCACAGUGAUGAAGAAACAGAGAUGGAAGUAGAAAGUCCACCGGAGCCUCCACCACAGAGAAUUGUCAUGAAGCACAAUACUGUGCCUAAUAGAAUGAUGCAACAUGAUGCAAAUAUGUUAAUAGAAGCAGUGUCAUUUUCAUCUGCAGGAAAAAUUCAACCAUUCUUAGUGUCAGUGAGCUCAAAUGCAAACCUUGUGCUUGAUAUACACUGUCAUUUGAAAAAAGAGGAAGUUUAUGGUUACCUUGCUGGCACUUGGGAUUUGAACAAUCACAAUUUAAUGAUAACGCACACAUUUCCAUGUCUUGUUAGCAAGAAUGAUAACAGGCCCCGUGUAUUAGUCGAGCUUGAAAUUCAAAUGGAGAUUGAGAAACUUGGUUUAACACUUCUUGGGUGGUACCAUUCUCACCCGACGAAUCCUGCGAUGCCAAGUCUCCGAGAUUGCGACAAUCAACUUGAAUAUCAAAUAAAGUUGCGUGGACCAUCUGAAAUAUUGUACAUUCCUUGCAUUGGUGUUAUUUGUUCACCAUAUAAUCCAGAGAGUCCAGUGUUGGAGUCAUCGCUGACAUUUUUCUGGGUAAUGCCGCCUCCAGAACAGAGGCCUACUGAGUAUCCGCGACCUUUAUUAUUACAAUACAAUAUGCUUCACGACAGUCAUUUGUCAACUCAUGCCAUGGAACAAAUUAAAAAGAGCAUAAAGUAUUAUUCGACAUUUUCGGACGACGCUUCUGUUAAUUUCAAAGAAAAUUUUAAACCAGACAUAUCAUAUUUAGAUAAAUUGAAAUGCACACUGACAACAAAAUUCCCAAGAGAACAGAGUGAUGGUUUGUUAUGGCAUUUCAUACGCGAUGAACUAGGGUGUUCGUCGGAGAAUGACGACAAAAUGGAUCUGGAUGCAUUAUUAGCAGUCCCCCAACCUAUCCCCGUGUCAAAACCGAGUCAGACUACAUCUGUACCUAACUUCCCGUCGGUUAGUACAUUGCAGCAAAUGGUCAGUCGCCCAGCAGGUGUUCCGCCGAUAAAUGUGUCAUCUGGUAUUGGCUCGUGUUCGCCACAUAAGUUUGAAACUCCCCCUUUAAAUAUACCGGUACUAUCAUCCUCAAAAUCAUCGUCGAAAUCAGCAACACCGACCCUACCGUCAUCAUAUCCCACGGGAUUAGAUAUGUUGACUAGUAUGGCUUUGGGACUAGGACCUGCUAACAUGUCUCUCCCGUUAGGUCCUACCGGAUUGGAAAGUUUAGCCGCAGCUAACAGCAUGCUUACUGGUUUGUCACCAAGCAUGACGCCUAGUUUGGCGGCGAGUUUGUCAGGCAGCAAACUGCCUGACCCGCCAUCUUAUGCAGCGUCUUUACAGAAUUUAACAAACAGUAUUGGCAGUUUUGAUAAAACCUCAAACAGUACUGCUACCAGUACCACUUCUGCAACUCCUAUUCCUGCAAGCAUAGCUUCUAAUCUUAUGAUGAGUUCUGCUGACAUAGCGAACGCUCUAUUCUCCGCAAGUAAAUAUUCCAGUGCAGGUAUUUUGGGAAUUCCUGACCCUAUGUCCAAGUCUACCUUAGCCGCCAAUAAUAUGUUUUUGUCGCCGUCGUUGAUGAAAAUGCAAGAGUCAUUAUUAAAGCCGUUGUCAAGCAGUAGUCCAAUAUCUUCGAAAGCUGGAUUGGAUCAGAACAUGAUGAUGAAGUCUCCGCAUGAUUUAUUGAAAUCACCGCAUGAUUUGAUUAAAAAUAGUAAAGAUUACUUACCGCCAGAUUUUGGGAGUGUGGGCAAAGGAAAGCCUGAAAAACAUGAGCAUACAGAUAUGCCGAAACACACAGAAACUAGUUCUUCCAAAGUAGACACUUCUAAAUCUGAUAUUGGCGAAAUGAAAGCAACAGAUUUUAGUCUACCGCCAAGAGUUGGAGGAGAAUCAUUUUUGAAUCAAAUGCUCGAGUUGACUAAAAAGGCAACAUUGUCAGAUUACAUGUCGGAGUAUGAACAGGCAAUGAAACUCACAAAGACUGAUGAUUUAGUGAGCUCAGUACCGCCGUCUAGCCACUCAUAUUUGGGUACUUCAAGUAUUGUGGACACAAUAGCACAAGUUUCAAUGGGUAACUUCUCUAAACACGAAGACACAUCUGACUAUGAAAAAGGACAAGAUUAUAGUACGAAUAAAUUAGCCGGUAAUGAUAAUGAGAACUAAUUGUAAGAUAAUAAAUUAAAAGGAAUAUAUAGAAUAUUCCAGACAAGGAAUUCUCCAUGUAAUUUAAAUCGUUCAGUCUUGAACCUUCAAUCGAAUAACUUAUAUUUCUUACUUACUUAAAUAUAUGAUAGAUGAUAAUUUACAACUUAGUAGUAAUACAAAUCUCAAUUAUGCCUGAAAAUGCCAAGUUUGGAUUUUGACUGAUUUUCGAAUAGAUGUAAUGUAGGUAUCUACUUUAGUUUUACAUAGUUCAUGUGGAUUGGUGGCAAUGGUAUUUAAUUUUUCAGUAGGAUAUCAUAUUAUGGUUUAGUACUAAUUAUGAGCUACAUUAUUCCGGCAUAUUAGAAAUUGUUACUAAUAUGUACUUAUAAUCUAUAUUCAAAUAGUAAUUAUGCGUAACUAAAUGUAUUUCUCAAAUUAUUAAACAGUAGAUAGGUACAUGUAAUGCAACUUCGUAUUGUCCUGGGACCUAACAAACAUUUGCGCAUCACACAAAUAUGAAUGGUAUCGCGGGAAUGGAACCUGCAAUCCUUGCUGUCGAAUGUGAUUGUUUACUUUUUGUGCAAACACGACUGAUGUCCUUUUAUAAUGCAUUAUCAAUGUAAUGACAGUAUUCCUGUGUGUAAAUUAUUUAUUUAUCAUUAUUAAAUUAGGAUUGUAUACUUAG